UAAGUGCAGUGCCAGUCCUACUCUGCUCUGCUCCAUAGCAGACCAAGCAGAGAGAGCAGGCUCCGAUCCAAUGGCGACGACGGCGACGAACCGGCGCGUGAUCCUCAAGGAGUACGUGGAGGGGUACCCGCGCGAGGAGCACAUGGAACUGCUCCCCGGCGGGGAGGUGCCCCUCCGCCUGAAGGGCGACGAGCCGGCGGGGUCUGUGCUGGUCAAGAACCUCUACCUCUCCUGCGACCCCUACAUGCGGCCCAAGAUGUCGCGCCCGCUGCGGGAGUCCUACACUGCCGCCUUCGUCCCGGGCUCCGUCAUCACCGGCUACGGCGUCGCCCGGGUGCUCGACUCCACGCACCCGGGCCUCGCGGCCGGGGACCUCGUCUGGGGCCUCACCGGCUGGGAGGACUACAGCCUCGUCACGCCGCCGGCCACCAAAUUCCUCGUCAAGAUCACCCACCACGGCGACCCCGCCGGCGAGGGCCAGCGGCCGGUCCCGCUCUCGUACUACACCGGCAUCCUCGGCAUGACGGGGCUCACCGCGUACGUGGGGUUCCACGAGAUCUGCGAGCCGAAGAAGGGAGAGACCGUCUUCGUCUCCGCGGCCUCCGGCGCGGUCGGGCAGCUGGUGGGCCAGUUCGCGAAGAUUGCCGGGUGCUACGUCGUCGGCAGCGCCGGGUCCAAGGAGAAGGUGGAGCUCCUCAAGAACAAGUUCGGCUUCGACGACGCCUUCAACUACAAGGAGGAGCCCGACCUCGCCGCCGCGCUGCGCCGGUGCUUCCCGGAGGGGAUCGACAUCUACUUCGAGAACGUCGGCGGCGCCAUGCUCGACGCCGUGCUGCUCAACAUGCGCGUCCACGGCCGGAUCGCCGUGUGCGGGCUCAUCUCGCAGUACAACCUGGCGGACGGGGAGCGCGACGCCGUGCGCAACCUCGCCGCCGUCAUCAGCAAGCGGCUCCGGCUGCAGGGGUUCAUCGAGCCCGACCACAAGCACCUGUACCCGCAGUACGAGGCGUGGGUGCUCCCCUACAUCAGGGACGGCACGCUCGCCUACGUCGAGGACGUCGCGCACGGGCUCGAGAGCGCGCCCAAGGCGCUCAUCGGCCUCUUCCACGGCCGCAACGUCGGCAAGCAGCUCGUCCGCGUCGCCGACGAUGAAUCCGAGUGAAAUCGGCAGCUGAACUGAAUCGAUCCAUCGCCCAAUCAAUGUAUGAGUGUAUCAUUUCGUUGCAUUUAUCUACCUGAAUGUCGAAUUGCUUAGAGAUGCGGGAAAUCAAGAAUAAAUUUGUGGAAGCCAAUGUUUGAUUCAGAACAAGGCCGCCUUCGGGCAAACGGCCAAUUUGUUGGCGAUAAUCGCAGGGAGCCGAUAGAAAUUCCUUAGGAUUUCCGUGGUAUUUGGAUGGACUAAUUUUUACGAAUCUUUUUUGUGAUCCAAACAGAGCUUUAGCGUGUGAGGUUUCAUAGUCUCUUUUUCAA